GUAUCUUCGAUUCCCAGUCUUCUUGUACUGUUUGAAGUCAAAACUAUGAAUUUUAGUUGCUACUAGUGCCAAACUACUCUGCUUCCUAUUUCCUUCUCCGCAUCCAUCAAUGGCAUCCAAAUCCCUUACCCAUACACUCUUUUUCAACCUCCUUAUCUUCACUGUUUUUGAAUACUCGUCUUGCAAAUCAUCCACUCCCUUCCCUCAAGAAGCCCUUCCCACCAACUCCGGCUACCUUACGGUCAACUCCACCACCGGCUCCGCCAUUUUCUACACUUAUUACGAAGCCCAGAACCCAAUUUUCCCUCUCUCCAAGACUCCGAUUCUGAUCUGGCUUCAAGGCGGCCCCGGCUGCUCCUCCAUGCUCGCCAACUUCUACGAGCUGGGCCCUUGGCGAGUGUCUUCUUCUUCUAAGGGGAAAAACGCAGAAGAACAGAUUUCCUUAGAUCCCAACCCUGGGUCUUGGAAUCGCAUAUUUGGGCUUCUUUUUCUGGAUAACCCCAUUGGAGCUGGGUUUAGUGUCGCCUCGACUCCGGAAGAAAUCCCGAGGGACCAACUGGGUGUUGCGAAGCAUCUUUUCAUCGCGAUUAGGAAGUUCAUAGCGUCGGAUGCUUCGUUCAAGGCGCGCCCAAUUUACAUUACCGGCGAGAGUUAUGCCGGAAAAUAUGUGCCGGCGAUUGGGUAUUAUACCCUGAAGAAGAACGCUUAUUUGGCGGAGUCGAGCAGGGUGAAUUUGGCCGGCGUUGCCAUUGGGAACGGGUUGACUCACCCGGUGGCUCAAGUGGCUACUCACGCCAUUAACGCCUACAAUCUGGGGUUGAUCAAUGACAAGCAAAAGAGGCAAUUGGAGAAGCUCCAAGAGGUGGCGGUUGGGCUAACCGAGAGGGGGAAUUGGAGCGCGGCCGUGAGUGCUCGGACAGGGGUCUUGAGGGCCUUGCAAAACAUGACCGGACUAGCAACUUUGUACGAUUUUAGACGGCAAACGCCCUACGAGGAUGAGUUAGUGGCCAAAUUGCUGAGCAGCGUGGAGAUCAAGAGGCUAUUGAAAGCCAAGGAAACCAUUACUUUCGAGACUUGCAGCGAUUUGGUCGACCAGGCUCUCCACUCGGACGUGAUGAAGAGCGUGAGGUACAUGGUGGAGUUUUUGGUGAAAAACACUAAGGUGUUGUUGUAUCAGGGGCAGUGUGACUUGAGAGAUGGGGUGGUGUCGACCGAGGCGUGGAUCAAGACGAUGGAGUGGGAGGGGGUUGGAGAGUUUUUAGCAGCGGAGAGAAAGAUUUGGAGGGUGAAUGAGGAGCUAGCAGGAUAUGUGCAGAAGUGGGGGAAUUUGAGCCAUAUUGUGGUGUUGGGUGCUGGGCAUUUGGUCCCUACUGAUCAGUCACUGAAUUCUCAAGCCAUGAUAGAAAAUUGGGUGCUGGAGAAUGGGUCGUUUGGGAGUGAAUCCAUUCAUGCCAAGCCCUCCGAAUUGAUUGGUGCACUCUGAGUAUUACCAUUUACCUGUCUGUAGUGCAUUGUUAACGGCUUAACUUUUCAGAUGGACGAAUAACACGCACUAAUUUUAUUA